AUGGCUCCUACACUACUAUGGAUCGGUCUUGGAAAUAUGGGAAGGGGCAUGAGCAAAAACCUUGUUGAGAAGGCCAACUUGGAUGGCCCCCUGCUUCUGUACAAUCGCUCAACUCAAAAGACCACUGACUUCAGUGCCACGCUUCCCACUGGCAAGACUGAGGUAAUCACAUCACUUGCCGAAGGCGUCUCCAGAGCAGAUGUUAUCUUCUCAUGUAUUGCCAACGAUGAAGCUGUCCAGGAGACUUACAAGACACUUCUUGGAGGAGAUGUCAAGGGUAAACUCUUCAUUGAAAGCUCAACGAUCCAUCCCGAAACUACCGAAGCCCUGGCAAAAGAAGUUCUGGCCAAGGGCGCUGAGUUCGUCGCUGCUCCUGUGUUUGGUGCUCCCUCGAUGGCUGAGGCUGGUCAGCUCGUCGGUGUGCUUGCUGGACCUGCAGCCAGCGUUGCAAGGGCAAAGCCUUGGUUCAAGGGUGUGACGUCCAGCAAGGAGAUCGAUCUUUCAGAUCAACCAUACAGCAAAGCUUUGACUCUUAAGGUCCUCGGAAACACAUUCAUUCUGAACAUGGCCGAGCAGCUCGCAGAAGCACAUGUUGUGGCGGAGAAGACGGGUCUGGGAACUGAGCCUAUUCACCAACUUGUUGAGUCUAUUUUCGGGGAACCUUAUGCUUCGUACAGCAAGCGCAUGCUGAGCGGUGAUUAUUACAAACGCGAUGAGCCGCUUUUCGCUGUAGAGUUGGCAAGGAAGGAUGCUAGACAUGCCAUGAGCUUGGCUAAAGAUGCUGGUGUCCAGCUACGCAACAUUGAGGCCGCAGACGCCCAUCUUGCUAUGGCCUAUGAUCAUGUUGGCUCAUCGGCAGAUAUGGCUGGGAUAUACGGAGCAGUCCGCAAGGAAUCCGGUCUCAAGUAUGAGAAUGAUGUUUAG